AUGGCGGACUCUGAACUGCGCCAGAGGAAGCCGCAGGAUGCUGAAGAGCCUGUCCAAGAGGUCAAGGUCAAAAAGAGCACAAAGUCAAAGGUCCGCGAUGCGGAUGCCGAAUCUCCAUGGGUGGACGUCUUGCGCGUAAUUAGCUUCCUAUUUGUGGCCUCGUGUGCACUCAGCUACUGGAUCAGUAAUGGCGAGAGCUUCUUCUGGGGCAUGAAGAACAAGCCCAAUUACUUGCGGGUAGACUGGUGGAAAGCUCAGAUGCAAGGUCCCGUCUACUUGACGCCCGAGCAGCUCGCCGGAUACGAUGGCAAGGACCCCUCCAAGCCUGUGUACGUGGCUCUCAAUGGCACCAUCUACGAUGUCUCCAAUGGACGCAAAAUGUACGGGCCCGGAGGGCCAUACAGCUACUUUGCGGGCUGUGAUGCUGCUCGCGGUUUCGUCACGGGUUGCUUCUCCGAGGAUCGCACUCCCGACAUGCGAGGCGUGGAGGACAUGUUCCUGCCGCUGGACGAUCCGGAGGUUGACGCUCAAUGGACUACGGCCGAGAUGAAGGCAAUGAAGGAGAAGGAGAUGGCCGCGGCGCUGAAGAAGGUCGAUGAAGCGCUGGGGAACUGGGUCAAGUUCUUUGCAAACAGCAAAAAGUAUCACAAGGUGGGCUAUGUGAAGAAGGACGAGAACUGGCUAGACAAGGAGCCAAGGAAGAAACUUUGCGAAGCUGCUCAGCAGGGCAGGUCGAAGAGAAAGAACCGCAAUAGCGAAUAUUAG